GGAUGCAGGAGUGUGUGACAUUCCGCGACCGUUACUGUAACGACAGGCUGACAAACUAAUGGACAGACACCCAAAAAUGAGAGCUAGGCUGAGGUUCAGAAAAGCUGAAGAAAGUUUAACAACUGAUGAAGCGGUACCCAAAUGUGCCGAAACAGAAAACGGCGUUUUUAAACCUGAUAGUCCUGUCGCUGUCUGUGCUGUCAAAGCUCAACGAGUCGAAGACCCAACUAAAGUUAACAGCUUGACGACUCGCAGACGAGAUCAUCCACAGUUUGAGGACAUGUCUUUGAGAAGAGACGUUGGGAUUAAUCAGGACUACUCUGACAGGAUUGUGUUUCCACUUCAUCCCUCGGUUCAAGAUUCACUGGAGAUGAGAGAUAACGCACUUUCCUCGUUAAAGAUUUCUCAGGUUUUCUCUUAUAGUGAAAUGAAUUCAUUUAACUGCAAUUUGUCGAGUGAGGCGCCUUUCCCAAAAACAUACCAUCAGCCAAUCAGCCAGGCGCAUUUUCCUACAGAAACCCAUCAGAGAGUCGACAUGACACCUUUUCAAACGGGAAAUAAUCAGCAAAUCAGCCAUUGUCCGAUAGUAAACCAUCAGCCAUUUAUUAUGGCGCCUUUUCCAAAGUUAUACCAACAGCCAAUCAGCGAGGCUUCUGAGCAAGUCAAUUCACAAGAGCUGAACUUCCCUCAGACUCCUUCAGGAGCAGAAAGUAAGGUGGCAAGACCUCAGAACAAAAAAGCGUCUGUCAAAAGGCCCAUGAAUGCCUUCAUAUUAUGGUCAAAGAUUCACCGACGCGCCUUGUCUAAGGCCAACCCUAAUGCCAGCCACUGCGACAUCAGUGUCCAGCUGGGGUUAGAAUGGAGCAAACUGUCUGAAGAGCAGAAGGAGCCAUACUACACUGAAGCACAUCGAAUCAAGGCAGAACACAGACGGAAGUACCCAGAUUGGGUCUAUCGACCAAAGAAGCGCUCUGCAUCCAAAGGAGCACCGGCCAUCCCUGCGACCCAAAACUCCUCACUCUCCAGUCUGACAUGGGCACAGAGAUCUAACACUUACCCAGAGCCCCUGACAUCAGUCGGAGACAUCACAGGGCAGAGCGGACUCAUUUCUCCAGUCUGCAUGAACCAAACCAUGGAGAUGCAGCAAGGUGUUACCUUACCAAGGUGUCUUCACUGCGCUCCUCACUGCAUCUUCUCUGCAAAUCCGCACAUGACUGGACCGCAGUUCUACCCAGAAUCCAUCCCAUAUUCAAGCUAUUCUAGCCAUCUCACUGACUUCAUGAGCCACUAGACUAGAGGCAUGAGGCGCUGUCUGUCUUGAAUCUUGAAUAUUCCCUCGUGACGAUAAUUAAAAGGAAAGUCUUUUCAUUAA